AUUACCAGCCAAAGCGCGUCCCAGGCAAGGACCGGACAGGUUCACGGGGAUUCUAAUCGCAUCCCACCUUCCCUCGCAUUUAAAAAGAGGAAGAAGCUCCAAAGCUCUUCCCAUCUUCAAAUGCCUUCUUCCACAGAAUUUCCUGUAUUUACAGAAACCAACCUCGGCACCCGCAUUGCAAUAUCUACUCCUCCAGAUAUUACAACUGGAGACCUCAAAAGAAAACUUGGGAGGGAGCACUACCUUUGUUUUCCGAAUCUUGGAGAGGUCAGAGUUCAUGCAUUGAUGGUAAAGAGGAAGUCAUGUUUUUACCACCUUCCAGACUCACUUCUGAUAAAGAAUGCUUUUCAAGGAUCGAAAGGGUCUUGGUUUCUUCGAAUGAGUGCAACUCAGGUCGAGCAUAUACAUAGUCAAGUAGCGCCCACAACUGAUAUUAGCAAUGCUAUGGUUGGUCGAAAAGACGGGAUUUCUCAAUCGAUGAGCGGCAAUGAUAGUGUCAGUUCAUCUGGGAUAAUAUCUGUGACUGGUAUCCUCACUAGGUACUUUUCUGAAUUCGAUGAGCGGAACAUAUUCAACUGCCAAGCUGAGAGCAUAGGAGACCCUAACGAACUGGCCGAGCAAUCUGUAGACUCACAAAUGCAAAAAUUAGUAGAAAUUCAAUGCACCAAUAAUGUUAAUUGUACAACUGGAGUAGAAUUUUCCAUGAAACGGAAUAAGCAUAACAAGAACACGUCAGAAAAUAACAUGGUCCAUCCAUUGAUUGAUCCUUACAUAGAGAAGUCCAAAUGUAAUAUUGUAUCCAAGAUCAGUAAAAAAUGCAACAAAACUGAAUUGUCUGAUAAGGAGAGAAGUGUUGCAAGCUAUGACGUUAAUGACGACAGUGGGGCCCUUCAAGGUAAUCAAGAUUCUACUUUUGAGCAGUUUGAGGGUAACAUUGCAACUGAGAUUAGUAUAAACUGUCGCAAAACAAGAGUAUCUGCUUCUGUCACAAUGGGUAUAACGGGUCUUGAAAGGAAGGGAAGAGAUGCUGCAAGCGAUGCCAUUACUGUUGACAGUAGGGUCCAUCAUCAUCGUCGAGGUUCUGAGGUAGAGAAGUUCCAUUGUAAUAUUGCAACUGAGAUUAGUAAAAAAGACAGCAAAACUGGAAUGUCUACUUCUGCUGUGACAGGAUUAGGGGGUCUUGAUAAGAAGAAUAGAAAUGCUUCAGGUGAUGACAUUGCUGAUGACAGCGGGGCCCACCAUGGUCAUCAAGAUUUCAAUGUAAAGGUUUCCAAGUGUAAUAUUGGAUCCAAGAUCAGUGAAAAGUGUAUCAAAAGUAAAAAGUCUGCUUCAGUUGUGAUAGGAGUAAAGGGCCUUGGUAAGACAGGGAAAAAUGAUGCAAGCAAUGACAUUACUGAUGACAAUGGAGCCCGCCAAGGCCAUCAAGAUUCUGAUGUGGAUGAGUCCGAGUGUUAUGUUGCAGCCAAUAUUCGUAAAAAGCGUCGGAAAAUAGGAGUGUCUUCUUCUCUUGCGAUGGGGAGAAUGGUUAUUGAUAUGGAGGGAUGCGAUGCUAUGAAUGGGACCCAUCGAGGUCAUCGAGACUCUGAUGUAAAGAAUUCCAAGUUUAAUUUUUCCUCCAUGGUCAAUAAAAAUCAGAGUGAAAAUGAAACGUUUGUUUCGGUUGCCACAAGACCAGCUGAUCCUGAUAAGAAUGGGAGAAAUCCUGCAAGCGAUGACAUUUCUGACAGCAAAGGGGCCCACCAAGUUCAUAAUUCUUCCAAGUCCAGAAUCAACGGUUGUUGUUCAAGAAAUCUGGCUAAUGAUACUCAAUUCACAGCCAAAACCCCGCCUAUAAUUCUCUCCCUCCCAUUGCUUGCCAACCCGAGUACUGAAACACCAAAGAGCAAGCUUGGAAAAAGUGACGUCGGGAAACGAUUCCUCCAGGCAGCAAGCAAACUCAGUAUUUCUGGCAGAAAGCAAAAAUCCUUCGUCUCCGUUUGCCGUUCUAGGACAAUGGUGUCAUCUACAGUGGAUCCUACUUCCCUUGCUCGACAUAUCGUCUUUGAGAUUAGCAAUAGUGAUGGUUAAGAGAAUGGAAGAGAAUCCAUUUUUUUUGCAAAAACCUGUUCUUUUUUGCCUAAAUGAUUUGCACUGAUGCAGUUGAUUGCAAUUUUCAAGUCUCUUGCAGUGGAUAAUCAGAAAACGCCUCUAUGCUGUCACAUCUGGCCCAUAUUAAUUGAAGAGAUUAACUCCACUCUGUGGUGGUCAAGCAUCUGUUGCUCAGCUGAUUCAUGAUGAGGCCCACACGAACCCUUGGAGGGAUUAUUUGAGCCAUUCAUCUGAAGAGCCCUGUAGUAGAUGUGCUACCUAUUUGUCCAGUUAGUGGCCCUCAAGCUUCUGAUAGUACACUUACAAAGUUUUAUGAUGGAAAACUUCAUGUGGAGCUCCGAUGAAACUGGCAUUAUGAAUGAAGGAACUUCUAUGGGAGAUGUUAAGAUGAUUCAUGCAAGGAGAGGUAAAAAUGGUGAGUCGAAUCACACAUGCCAGCAUGGCACACAUUUUCAAAAUCGGGGCCAUUUAUUAGGUGCAACCUGCACUGAACGUUUCCCAGCCCAAAAAGUUGGCUGGUCUGCCCAUCAGGUGGGCCACACGUUUAUGUGCGAAUUAGAUAUUUAUCUUGUGAGACUCAGUAACGCUCAUCUACGUUUUUAUUUUGUCUGGCAGGUUUUGUGCUUCCAUUGCCAAUUUUCAAAAGCAUGUGCAUCUAUAAUGAAAAGCUGUAAUGUUGUUGAAUCUCUGUAUAAACUGAAGGUAGCACUGUUGAUGUGCUUA